CAGCUAAGCAAAGAUGGCGACCUUUGUCAGAACAACACUGAGACAGCUAAUCCAGUUGUGCGGAGUUCAGCAGGAGGACUAACAUAUCCCACAAUCCCUUUAGCAUUUUGAGAUACUUAAAGAGAACAUCCGUGCUUGAAAUAAGAAGGCUACUUCAUAAAGAUGGCUGAUCACUGGAACCGGGGGCACGGCGCUGUUGAUGAUAUGCUGGAUGCAGAAAACAAACAUAUGGCUGAGAAUCUGGCAAGUAAAGUAUCUAGACUGAAGUCGCUGGCAUAUGAUAUUGACAAGGAGGCUGAAGAACAGAACUCGUACUUGGAUGGCAUGGACACAAAUUUUCUCAGUGCAACCGGACUCUUAACAGGCAGCGUGAAGAGGUUUUCCACGAUGGUCCGCUCGGGCAGAGAUAACCGCAAGAUCCUGUGCUACGUGUCAGUAGGCCUGGUCCUGGUAUUCUUUGUGCUUUACUAUCUAGUCAGAAGAAUACAGAACUGACAUGCAUGCAUUAUUUUUUAUUUAUAUAUUUUCUCAGUUUUAUGAGAAAUAUAUUCAUUUUGGGGAAUUCAGUACUUCAUCUUUAUUUAUACAAGGAAAUGUUUUUCACUCCUCAUUCAUCUAGGUAUAUUAAAGGUGAUUAGAACUAAAAGCACUUGGGUGUGAUUCCUGUUUAUCCUGUAUUGCUUGCUAAUUUCUAAUGCUUGCUAACUGCUGUAGUGACAUAGUCAUGCUUGAUUUCAAUAUAGUCCAUAAAUAAUGUAACAAAAUAAAUAUUUUAAACAGAUAUUUUGUAUCUUGGAAAUUCUAAGGAAUGAAAAAAGAUGACUUAAAAUAAUAAUUAAAUGAUAAACUGCUUUAUAGCUGCACUUUGUACUAAUUGUCUAGUAUGUUACUAAAUUUUGACAUUGUAUCUCUGUUGUUUAUUUCUAAUGUUUUCUUCUG